CCGGAAUGGUGGAAAGGCGGGGCGGGAAAUAGCAAGAGCAACCUCAGGAGGCGGGUUGGAGGCGGCCAAGAUGGGGGCUCAUCUGGCUCGGCGGUAUUUAUGGGACGCGGAGGUGGAGCCGGACCCGGUCAAGAUGCCAACCUUCGACCCCCACUUCGGCUUCCCCGAGGAGCGCAAGGAACGCGUGAUGAUAGCAACUGAGCAGCAGAUGAAUGAAGCUCAGCUUCCUCUUGACAUGCGAGACUAUUGUGCACACUACUUCCUUAAGUGGGCGAAGUGCAAACGUGACAAAUUUCCAAAUAUCUUUGCGUGCAAACACGAGCGUCAUGACUGGGAUUACUGUGAGCACCUGGACUAUGUCAUGCGCAUGAAAGAAUUUGAACGGGAGAGGCGCUUGUUGGCUCGGAAGAAGCGCAUUGAACAAAAGGCAAAAGCGGCAGCGGCGGCAUCAGCAUCCUAGCUGGCUUUGGUGUGCCUCCUGGCUCCUUCAACAAGAGGCUUGCAGAAUCCACUAGGUCUGUUAUGUUGAAAUCAAUAAAGACGUUAUCCUGUG